CAUCUGAGGCACUGGGGCUCCUGCGAGUCAGCUCUUGCCACAUUUGAACCCCACCACCAGAUGACUGUCAGAGCGCAUUUCUUAUUGGGAAGAAGGAGAGAGAAGUAAAAGCAAGGAGACCCGCCUGGGAGGAAGAAGCCUGUGUGAGGGACAGAGGCAGAGAGUGUGAGGUACAGUGAGAGCAGAGACUCCAGCGGACCGCAGACAGCCAACUUCAUCGGAAUUGUUUGGCUGCGCGCUGUGGCGGAGUAUAGAUCGCUUCCGAGCGACUCCGGGUCAGCAUCAGCAGCAUGCUGGAGAAGACUUAAAGGCGGACCGUGGAUGAAGCUUGACUGAAGCGUGCGAAUUUCUGACAGUCUGCCGGAGAGCGGAGAAGGAGGCAAGAGCCGUGCCAGCGAGGCAAGGAACAGACACUGAAGGAGCUGAUGCUGCGGGAAAGUUACCAACUAUGGAGAUUUACAGCUAAGUGAGAGUUUAAGCACUGAUCGGAGCGUUCAGAGUCAUUUCUCCACACUGGAUGCGGUUAUAGACAGAUCUCGGUGCGCUUUUUCUUCUGAUUCUGGUGCCGCGGUGGACCCAGCCAUCUCGGUCGGCGUAGAUCUUUUCACCCUACACAGUCAGUGGGCAGGAUGUCUGAAAUGACUUCUCUAUAUCUCGUCUUUUGCCUUAUGGUGACAGCAGCCACCAAAGCAGCCUACUUCUCCCAGCAGCCCCAGGACCAGGUGGUGGUGCAGGGCCAGUCCGUGACUCUGCCUUGUGUGAUUGUGGGUUACAGAGGAAUGGUCCAGUGGACCAAAGAUGGCCUGGCAUUGGGUGGAGAGAGAGACCUACCAGGCUGGACGCGCUAUUCCUUAAUGGGCGACCCGCUAUCAGGCGAGCACAGCUUGCUGAUCGAUUCAGCGGAGUUGGCGGAUGACGCGGUGUAUGAGUGUCAGGCUACACAGGCAGCGCUCCGCUCCCACCGUGCCAAGCUCACUGUACUAGUUCCACCCUCUGACCCCGUGGUGGAAGGCGGCCCCGUUGUUCGUCUGAAGGCCCACACACCACACAACCUUACCUGCAGAGCCUCGGGAGCCAAACCUGCAGCUGAGAUCACCUGGUACAGAGAUGGGGAGGUCAUGGAGACAGCGAUUUAUUCCAAGGCCCUAAUGGAGGAUGGGAAGAGGGAGGCAGCUGUCAGUAUGCUUCCAAUCAUUCCAGAAGACAGCGACUCCGGACGCACCUACACCUGCAGGGUUCUCAACCCAGCUGCUCCCGCUGGACGACAGACUUCAGUCACCAUCAGUGUCCAGCAUCCACCUGCGGUGACCCUGUCAGUCCAACCUCAGACCGUGACAGAGGGGGCCAAAGUUCUCUUCAUCUGCUCUGCAUCUGCCAACCCUGAGAUCACUGGUUACAGGUGGUCGAAAGGAGGAGUGCCCAUCUCGGAAGCCAAUGGGGACAGCCUUGAGGUGACUGUGGAUUAUUCUUAUUUCACCGACCCAGUCUCCUGUGAGGUGUCAAACUCUGUGGGCAGCACCAACGUCAGCACUCUGGUCGAUGUGCAAUUUGGCCCAAGACUACUGUCAGAGCCCAAGCCGAUGACUGUAGACAUAGGAAUGGAUGCAGCCUUUACCUGCGCAUGGACUGGAAACCCUCCUCUGACCCUGGCUUGGACAAAGCAUGGCUCCAGCGUGGUGCUCAGUAAUGGCAACACCUUGCAGCUGAAGGCUGUUACCCAGGAGGAUGCUGGAACAUACACCUGCAAGGCCAUUGUUCCUCGUAUAGGAGUAGCAGAAAGAGAUGUCAUUCUAACAGUAAAUGGUCCGCCUAUCAUCACAGCAGACACAACGCAGCAUGCUGUCAAGCACUCCAAGGGCAAACUCGAGUGCCGGGUGGGAAGCAGCCCUCCACCUGAUAAGAUUGUUUGGACCUUUGGAGACAUGAGUCUGUCCUCUGGUUCCUCCGGUCGAUACUCAGUGCAAACUGUGACCACUGACCAUGGGGUCCUUUCCUCUCUUGUCCUGUCUGAGACUUUGGUGCAGGAUUUUCAGAUGCGGUAUAACUGCACCGCUUGGAACCGCUUUGGCACCGGCACUGCCCUGGUCACAUUGAAGGAGCAAGAGGCCCUCCCUAUGUUGAUAAUUGUCGGCGGAGCAGUAGGUGGAGGUUGUGUUCUGCUUAUCUGUGUAAUCACACUCGUCUCCCUCUGCUGCCGACACACAGGCAAAGGUGAGCUCAACGGUAAGAGAUGCACUCGACUUUCCAAGAGUGAUAUCAGGGUUCAGAUUGUUCACAGUGAUCACAACGCUACUCGUGGCAACGAUGAUGAGGAGGAUGUCAAAGAACCAAUGAAAUGCUUGGUCUUCCCUCAGGCUCCAAACAGCAGCGAGUCUCCAGGGACAUCUCGCACAGAACACAGUGACCUCCUGGAGGAGGAGGAUGACGAAAGAUCGGACAUCAAGGACCCCACCAACGGAUACUACAAUGUCAGGGGCCACGAUGACCGUCACAUCCGCAACAGUGGCUUCUCAGAGUACGUGCCCAACUCCCGGCCAGUCUACACGCCAUCACAGCUGCCUUCUCCAAGCCCCAUGUAUGGCCAGCAUGGCUCUCAGCCUCGUAUCUACGAGUUCUCCCAUCGAUACGCCACUAAUACUGUGAGUCGAUCUUCAUAUGAACAGCAGCCACCAGCCCAGCAGCAGCAGCCACAGUCGCCCACCCAAACAGCUGCCAUAUAUCCCACAGAUCCCCUCUACAGUGGCUCAGCCUACCUUCCUGCCACCUACGGUCGUGCCUUCACCAGCUAUGUCAAGCCGGCUUCCUACGAGAAGGUUGAUGCAUACGACCAAUCAGAUCAGGCCAGCAAGGUAUCAAGCUCAUCUCGUUUCUCCUACGCCUCCUCUCAAGUGUCCUCCCAGCAGUCUGACUAUGGCCGGCAGACUCAACGCAUGCAAACUCAUGUCUGAUUGAACCGAAAAAAUGUUAACAGCAAAAUAGAAGUGAGUAGAUACCACAUUUGUGGUUGAACUAACAUGAAAAGAGACUUUGUUUACUCACACGGUCCUGCAAGGAUUUGCGUGGACAGUCUUGGGAUAACCUAUGAUGGAUGCCAAGAUGGAAAAUCUAGCAUUGUGUGAUACCUCACCAGGUUUUAAUUUUCUGAACAUGAAAAUGGCCAACUGGGACAAUGCUACAACUCAGCUGGCAUAUCCUUUAACCUGCAUUCCAGUACUUAACUUUGAGUCAACACUAAAUGUCAAAAAUGACCUCAUGGAGACUGGGAAAGAAGAUCUCACAAAGCUAAAACAUGUUAAAGGAAAAAGAAAAAAAAACAAUAUGAACAGCCUUUUAUUGUCUGUCAUUUGGUGUCUUGUUGGCAUGCGAAAGCAAUUCUAAGCACAUUUGUGUUUCUAUCAUUAACAAAAGACAGCUAUUGACAAAGACAGGCUUAUCCUAUACUGCACAACAGGCUAGCUGUACUGACCAACAAGUGCUGCAGGCGCUGUACUGUAUGAGGCGUAAUCACCGGAAUACAUCUGAACUUAGCUGUGUUCCUGAGGCGUCUUAUGAUAAUAACAGGUUUUGGACAUCAAAGUGUUGUUCGCCAGCGGAUAACACAGAAAUUCAAGGAGAAUGUGUGUACAGUAUAUAUUAACUAUGUUGUACAAGUUGGACAAGGUUAGGCCAUGAAAUUCCAAAGAUGGAAAGAACUGUAUAGGGAAAAGUAUGGGCCAACGCUUGGGGGGGAAAAGAAACAACUUUGUUUUCUGAUUGUAAAACAAAUGGUAAGAUCUUAAAAGAGCAAUCAAAAGUGGUGUUGAGGGAAAUGUUGGCAAUCUUGAACAUUAAACACACUUGAACGUGACAUCAACUUCUGGAGGCUCAGACGGGAUAAGUGAUGCAUCAGUCGUGGUCCUAAAGUGGACCGUUUAAAAGUUUUACAACUCAAUCGAAUUGUCUCAACAUGUUUACAAGAACCAGUACUACCCUGAAACACUGCGCAUCUGUACAAAUGGCUCUUGCUCUCUCUCUCUGUUGCAUGCAAACGAUGUGUCUUGUGACAAAUUUUCAGCAUUUAUAUUCAUCUCCAUUUCAUGUUUGAGCGUAUCGGAUUCUCCGCACCCAAUCCCAUUGCGUCUCACAACCUGGAUGUUUUCCGUACUGCCAUUUGUCUAUGCGAGCUAGUGCCAGGGCAGCCUGACGAGAGAAGAAAAUGUCGCUGAAAGAGAGGAGGCCAACAUCAUCGCUUGUCUUUUAUUUUUAUAUUUUAUAUAAGCCUUAAAGUACAGCUUGUGAGCUGCUCUAUUGUAAAGUAUCUUUAUAUACAUAUGUAAUCUGUCUUUUGUUGGGGUUUUUUGUUGUUUUUUUGUGGUUAUCACAGAAUUUCACAUCGGAGUUGUUCAAUCAUCGAAUGCAGUUGAAAUGCUCAUUUUCUUUCAGUUGAACACAACUAAUUGCCAUUUCUUUGUUCAUUCUUAUAUUAAUGUAUUAAGAAUUUUAUUUGCUAGAAAUGAGCUAUUGUUGCUUGUACCUUUGUACACAUAUUUAUAUUUAAAUAAAACCAUUUCCAAUA